AUGCAAGCCACUUGGGAAGAUGAUGAAUCAAACAGUUCCGAAAGUGAUGAGGAAAAGGCUAUUCUCUGUCUCAUGGCAAAUGAAGAUGAGGUAAACUCUAACCUUGACUCUUCAUCUGAAUGUGAAAUGUCUUAUGAUGAUUCGAUUGAUGCUUAUAAUAGGUUACUUGAUGCUUUUAAAGAAUUACAUGAUGAACUAGCAAAUGUGGGCCAAGAGAUUGUUGCUAUGGCAGAGCAACAAGAAGAAAAUGCAAAGGUAAAUGUUGUAGAAGAAGAAGAAGAAGAAGAAGAAAAAGAGGUAGAAGGAGAAGGAGGAGAACAAGAAGCAACCCAUGAUUAUCAAGCUCCUCCAGCAGAAGAAAGUUCUCUUCAUGCGCUUUUAUUAGAAAGUAUCACUCUUUCUAAAGAGCAAAUUGACGUUGGCAAAGAAAAUAGGGAACACAUUCUAGCUCUACGUGAACGAGUUAAAGAAGUCACAAAUGAAAUUGACCUUGUAAAGCACGAUCUUGCUGGUCUUCGAGCUACGGAACUCCUUCAUUUCUGA